GAAGUCUCCGGACGUCACUCGAAGCGACACAGUCACGAGGUCAGACGGCGUCGCGCGAAGAAAAAAAACCGGUUAAUUUCCUGGGUCUUCGGCAAGCGUGCAUUGAGCGACCGAGAUACCGCCGCGUCACUCGGCGUAGCGCUCAACCGGCGUCGUCGUCGUCAGAGGAACGCUCUCUGCGUCUGGCCCGAAGGAUUUUCUCGUUAGUAAUCAAGAACGCGAGCUACGGCGCAAGGUAUGCGAGCCGUCAUGAAGCCUCUAGUCCCUCUUCUAUUUUUUCUGGUCAGCUCUCGAGCACAAGGCAACGAUAAACUUACCCUCGCCAACAAUCAGUUCGGCCUGCGAUUACUCAAUACUCUUCCAAGUCCUCCAGAAGAAAACGUAUUCUUCUCGCCCUACAGCAUAUCCACAGCCCUCGGUAUGGCGUACGCCGGAGCCAGGGGAGACACACAAGAAGAGCUCUCGCAACAGCUAGGUUAUACUGCCGCGGGGCUAAGCCAGGACGACGUCUUCAACGCGUACUCCGACCACACGCAGUGGCUCAAGGCUUCUAGGUCUAACUCGACGCUAAGCGUGGCAAACGCCGCCGUCCUACAUGAUAAAGUGGGGCUCCGGUACACGUUCCAGAGGACCAUCGAUCACGCUUUCGACGCCGACAUUCUGAAGGUCGACUUUGUAAACGAACGUAAAGGAGCCAUGGAUCGCAUCAACUACUGGGUGAAGGACAAGACGAACGGAAAGAUUCGGUCGCUUUUUAACAAGCCGCUAGAGUCUGAGACAAGACUUCUUCUCCUCAACGCCAUCUACUUCAAGGGAUCCUGGAAUACCAAGUUCAACAAGAGUAGGACCGAGAAGAGAGAGUUCCUCAAUGGCGGCGUCACUCCGACCAAGGUUGACACGAUGAUGGGGAGCAUUAACAUCGGCCACCGUUUCUUCACGGACCUUCAAAUUGAUGUGGCGGACUUCCCGUACCAGGGACGGGACUACAGCAUGACAGUCAUCCUGCCCUGGAGGAACGACGGCGUAGAAGCGAUCAAGCAGAACCUCACUCUGGACCUGUUUCAGAAGCUGGUGUCGGAGCUGAGGGAAAGAAGGGUCUUCGUGUAUCUUCCAAAGUUCAAAAUAGAGGCAGAGUACUCCCUGAAGGAGCCCCUUCAGCAACUGGGCAUCAAACAGAUCUUCAGUGGUGGCUCCGACCUGUCCGGCGUCACAAACGACAACGAUCUGGUGGUGUCCGCCGUCGUCCACAAAGCGAUCCUGGAGGUCAACGAAGAAGGCAGCGAAGCAGCAGCCGUGUCGAGUGUUGUGGCCGUCACAAGGAUUGGCACGCAGGCAUUCGAGUUCAACGUCGACCAUCCCUUCCUCUUCUUCAUACGCAACACGGUCACCAAUGACAUCCUGUUUGCGGGACAAGUGAACAGUUUCUGAACAAUCGCCAGGCUUCAAAACACCUCGUCCGACUGGAGCAACUAAUAACUGCGGCUCGCAAACGUCAUGCACAUGUUUCCAGCAAUCGUGCGUGUUUUCCGUUAGUGCCACCAGGUUCGCGCAAACAAACAUGCUAUGUUACAGAUAGCACUGUUUAUGGUAGCGUCAGCCCACAAAAAGUUGGUUUUGUUUUGUUGGCGGACACAAAUUUGUAUUUGUCACGCCAGUGGGACUAAGCCACAAGAACUGCCCAUCGUCGGGGCACACACCCCACAUUUGCUACUUUAUAGGCUGAGCGCUGUUCAUCAGAUGAAGCCGCGAGAAUUCAAUUUGACUAUUUGACUAGUGCCAACGCGAUGCCCCGUCAGAGGCGCAGUCUGCAGCUGGUGACAUGGCGGUUCAGUAGUUUCAUACCAACUUUUAUGAGUUACUAUUCAUAAGACUGUUCAAGAUAUAAAUUUUGACGACCUUGACGAGCCGAUGGGAUUGUACGAGCGAGAAAACAAGGGGGGGGGGGGGGGGGGUUAACUCCAGUGGACGGGCAUCAUCGGUCGAUAGAUAUCACUUCCCGUAGCCUAAGCACAGGACAGCGACUAUGAAAGCGUGUGCAUGUCUUUAGGAAAAGCCUUGUCGCACGCAGGCGUGUGCAGUAAGGCAUCUUCGUGUGUCAUGAGUGUAAGUUCAUGGCCUCUCGUGUACUUUCUUUGAAGUUGCAAAUUAUUACGGCAGGCGGAACAGUAGACCCUGCAAUAAACUGCCUAAUGUUUUA